AUCCCAAUCCCGCGUGUUCAAAUGAUUGUGACCAAGCGUUCUGUGACUCUUCAGUCGUGGAGGGUGGACAAGAUGAGAAAGAGUCUUUGGCUCGCUUGCCUGUGAAAGUAGGAGACAAAGAUGACGAUAGCAUUAGCGUACAUACAACUUCAUCGGAUCAAGAAAUCGCAGCUGAAUGUGUAUCGUCCGUCUCCACCGCAGAACGCCCUCGAAGGCGGUAGAAAAUGCAGAUCUCUCGCAGCCACUCAGUCAAGGUCAGACCGAGCUACAGGACCAAGCUAGUGAUGCCACACCUAUACUAGAUCAAGGCCUAUCACCACUCUGCAUGCCUGAAACAGCAAUAUCAGCGCUAGUCCUCGAGGAUUUCACUCUGACAGAUAUGAUAACGACGCUAUCUUCUACAUCGGGAUCGCCUACGGUUAGUCCGGGUCAAACUCAGCAAAAUUUGUCUACCAGUAUCUCUCAGCAGUUGGAGUCUUGGGGAAGCAGUCCGCCAAUUGAAAGCAUUGAAGCACGGGAUAUUCUGGAAGAUUUCAUGCUUUCUACCUCAUAUCUAUCGGAAAACUUUUCAAAUUCGUUGCAGAAUGGAAUAGCACGCGUUCCCAGCCCCCCGUCUCAACCAGUUGUAAUCCCUGCUCUGCCUCGUUUCUUAGACCCGUUGCAGGGAUCACCUGACUGGUCGGCAUCUCAUGAUCAGUCUCACUGCGCGAGUCAGGUCGUCGAAGAUCCUGAUGUGUCUGUGUCUAACAACGGGAACGAGAACGAUGCAGAACAUGUUGGCAACAUUGAUAGAGACGAAUCAAAGGGAAUACUUGCAUCCAGCGAAAAGGUUGAAGAGGAGUCAUAUACUGGACACGGUCUCAUCGACUUCUUAAGAAAGAGUUCCACGGCUAUCCCCCGAGUCUCCGUGCACCAGACAGCCCGAGUCGCCACAACAAGAGGCGAAUCAGGAAAGCGAGUCAAUCCCCGUCCAAGGCCUUCUCAAAUUACGAUAUAUCGGAUCCGAGUUAUGAGUUCGUUCAUACAUCUUCCGCUUGAAAUCUUGAGACUCAUACUCUCUUACCUGUCCAACCGCGAUAUCAAGAACUUGCGUCGGACAUGCUCGACGCUAGCCCAGAGGGCGCAUCUCCGCCUCAACAGGGUAUUUCUGUCUGCUAAUCCACGCAAUAUUGAGGUCUGUCGCGCAAUUGCAGACCACGAGUCUUUUCGGCAUCAUAUUGUUGAGAUCAUCUGGGACGACGCUCGCCUCAUUGACAAUGUCCCGAAACCAGAAUUUGAAUUCUCGGACGAUGAAGAAGACUGGGAAGAGGCUAUGGGCUCUAAUGAUGGAAUUCCUUGGUGGUUCAAGGAGGCCUACGAAAAGAACGUCAGGGUUCGAGAGAUUCGGAAAAUUUCCCACAAAACAGAUCCGUCAAUUCAUCUCUCGUGGGAAUUCUAUGAGCAGCUACUACAACAACAGAAAGCUGUCCUUGAAUCUGAUGAUGACGUCAGGGCUUUGAGAUAUGGUCUACAGCGUUUUCCACGAUUGACACGGGUCACGCUUACUCCUGUAGCCCAUGGGGUCCUGGAUGUACCAUUAUACGAGACCCCGAUGAUUCGAUCUUUUCCGCCUAAAUUUAACUACCCCAUCCCGCACACCUGGCCGCCAUAUGAUUUGAAAAACCGGACCUCUUACAGCUUGGAGCCCUGGAAUCAAGAAGAGAAAAAGAAGUGGCGCGGCUUCUGUGUUAUAACGAAGGAACUUUCAAAAUUGCCCAGCCACACUGUUUCGGAGUUUGUUGUUGAUACACAUACUCUUCACCAGACUGGACUAAGUUGCCGACUCUUUGAUCAACCAUGCGAAGAGUACGAUAACCUGGUAUCUUUACUACAGCGUCCGGGAUUUAAACGCAUUGACUUGACCUUGUUGGCUGAUGGACAAUGCUCUCCAGAGCAAAAUUGGUCAUCGUUCCGCAGCGGUCUCCUCAAAAAGGCACUAGAUGCGUUACCAUCCGAUCUCAGACACUUUAGUUUGCAGAUCAACGUCAAUUAUGAAAGAGCCCGGCACUUGAGCAGGCCUGCAGACGAUUCGUUGGGGCCUGAGCACUGCAUCCCACUAAAAACGAUAUUGCCUGCAGUCAAUGAAAAAUGGAAGAAACUACAACAUUUUGGUCUUUCAGGACUUCUAGUGCGAGGCGAUGAACUUUUAAGCGUGCUGGCUGACCUGCCCACCUCUGUACGGUCUGUUGAGCUGAGUCACUUGGAAUUUCUGCAUCAAGAGUCGAAUGGUUAUCACGAGCUGCUUGUGGGCAUACGCGACAGACUCGGCUGGACUCAGCGCGUAGUGGGUGAAAGGCCAGUGUUGACUUUGCAUCACAGAUGGGACGAUAUUGGUAACAUGGACUAUUGCUGCUAUGACAAGGCCACAAAUGAAUUUAUUUACCAUGGUGGAUUGGACCCCUUCCGCACGCAGAGAGUACUCCUCAGCCCAGUCCCAUUCCGUCAGAUAUCACCGUUUCAUCUCUACUCAGAUGAUUUUGAGCUAUUAGAGAUUCUGCCGUAG